AUGAAAAAAGUUGCACAACAGGAGAAGAAGGUCUCUGGAAGGGAAGUGAGAUUGAUGAAAUCUUUGCUGCAAAGUGCAAACAAACGCAAGAAACUGGAAACAGAAAAGAAGGCUGAGGCAAAAGUGAGACCCCUCGACAAAAAGAAGGGAAAGAGUGUGAAGAACCGCUCCUUUGAACACAGUUCAUUGGCAGUCAGCACUUCUGGACUGAGGAAGAAAACUGCUGACGGGCUGGCCGUGUUUUCAGAAGAAGAGCUGGGCAUAGGGAAGCCUGAUGCAGGAGGAACUGCUUUGUGCCCUUUUGAUUGUGACUCUUGUUUUUGA